AUGUCAGGGUCAUCAAAGUCCCUUCUCAAGGCCAUAGAAACGCUAUUUUUAGAUUGGUCAGACAGUGAAAAACAGAAAGAGCACCUUCAAAAAUUGAAUGAAGUGAUGGCUCAGUAUUUGGACAAACAUAAUAACUUGGCAACACUUCUACUGACAACUAGCAUGAACAAUGAGUUAUAUAUAAUAUAUGACAAAUACAUAAAGCCGUCUGAAGAUAUAUUGCGUGAGUAUGUGUUUCUUGAUAUACUCAAAGAAGUUCUGUCAGUUUUUAACAUUGAUGAAGUUAAUUUAUGGCUACAGACAUAUUUGAAACCAGCUUUGGAUAGUGCCGGAUACUUUUCACAAUUUGUCGAUAAAGCAAGAGAUCUCAUCAGAAAGAUAGCUAACAACUACUUGCAAACAGAUGACGAGAGUUUAAACUUUGAAAGAGAAAAAAUUGGGAGUAGGGUAAUGAACCAAAUCAUGGAGAUUUACCUCAACAACAAUAAAAGACUUGAGUAUCUAAACUUGGAACCAAAUGACAGUCAGUCAUAUCAAGAAAGGGUGCGGUUUAUCAAAUUCAAUUGCUUAAGUUUGCUUCAGGAGUAUGGGUUGAAGCACAUAUCCAACUACAGCAAAUUACUUGAUCAACAUUUGAGGGAUCCAAAUGAAAGAUUAGAAACAUUAAAUUUAUUUCUGAAAUUGGUUGCUACACAAAGCUCACAGGUUUCUUGUAUUAUUGAAUCAGAAUUGUUUUCAGAUCUAUUGAAAUGCCUUCUAUAUGAUUUUAAUGAUGCAUCGGUUUGUGCUUCUGCCACAGUGUUGGUGAUGCUAAUACCACAAGUUAGCGCUAAGCUUGGCAAAUACUUGCCGGACUUAUUCGCCAUUUAUUUAAGACUACUUAAUUGGCAUGAAUUGAACAAAUACGUAACAAACCGCUAUGAAUUGUUUAUGAAUUACAUGAGUGAAGAUUUCUUGUCAUGGGAAAUUGAUAAUACAGGGAAAGAAGCACAUGCAACUGAAAUAGUCUUUGACUGGCAAUAUUAUGGGACUUUGUUGUAUGGGUUAUUUGCCUUGAACUUUCUUGAAUUUUCUACAGCCCCAUUAAAAUACUUGCAACAACAUAAACCAAAAUUAAUUUCUUUGGUAUUGCUUGAGGGAAUAGAAGCCAACAUCGAACAUGCAACCAAAAUGGAAUAUUUUACCAUUACAAGGAGUAAAGAGUUUUUGCAAUCUUUAUUGUUACAUCCAAAAAUGAUCAAUUUAGAUAGUUCUGUGCAACGUGAACUUGAAGCUCCUAUUGAAUGGAUUCUACAACAAAACACAGGGUCAUCAAUUUCUUCAGAAGAUAUAGCUCUUUCAUGUUUAAGUUUGAACCCACAUAUCAUGGCAGAUGAAGCUUUCAAGAGAAACAACAUACCACAUGAAAUUUGGUUUUCAAAACGUGAUUCAAUCAGUCAGAAUGAGUCACACCAUAUACUCUCGAGAAACUCAUCGUUGGCUGGUCCAAUGUAUAUCAAUAUUAAAGAGAGCCAAACAAACAAGCAGCUAUCACAGCAAGCCAUAAAUGGCAGAAAAAUGUCUAUAAUACCUACCAACUUAAUGAUUGAAGAGGAUUCCAGUAGUGCAGUUAAAUUCAAAGAAGUCAAGUUUAGCGACGACAACAUUUCUGAUGCAGAUAUAUCAUACACAGGUGGACUGUCAGACAAUAUCAUGGGCAAUUCGUCUUUAUCACUUCGAAAUUUUCAGGAACACCACAAAACAGUUGACCCUAUUCCAGAGCUACUAUCUACGCAUGAAAAACUAUAUGCAAAACAAGGAGAGACUGAUUCUUCCAAUAAUGACGAUAAGAAAUCUGUAAACAAUUUCAUUAAUGAUAAGGGAAAAUACGAACUAAGAUUGUCUCGACCAAUUUCUUCUCCAACCACAAAUGUGGAGACAUCAAGUGUGUUCAAGGCAUCACCCCUAUCAAAUGGUAUGAAAAAUAAUGCCGAUACAGUUACCCUAAACUCUGUCAAUAUUCCAAAAACCAGUAGUGGAACUGCCAUUGACUUUUAUCAAAGGGAAUUAUUGUUGUACAAAAAUGAACUUGAAUUUUCAAGCUACAUGAAACAUUUGAAUAAAUUUUACUAUUUGAAAUUGAAGCAAAACAAACAACAAGAAACAAUUCAAAGAGGAGUUAAUUCUGAAUAUGAAAGUUUAAAAGCUGUAUUGGAGGAGGCAAAAGGAAACUUGACAAAAUUAUCCAUGGAGCAUGACGAAGAAAAGAAAAUAUUGAUUAAAAGGUUAGAAGAUUUAAAUUUGGAGAAAGAAAACUUGGCCAAAGAGCUCAAUGGCACCAUUAAUAAAACAACUUCCAAUUUGUUGAAGUACGAAUCACUAAUUACAAAUGUUAUUCCAAGUAAAGAUUAUGAGAUUGAGAAUUUAAGGUUGCAAUUGUCAGCCUUGGAAGAAAAAUUGAAAGAGAAGCCCAAGGCAAUGCAGACCACAGAUAGUAAUACAACGACUCAGUCAUAUGUAGAUACCGAUGCUAUUAUCUACGAGUUGAAAACAAAGUUGCAACUUGUCACUGAAAAAUAUAAUCAAACUGCACAGGAACUUAAAUCAUCUACUGAGGCCUAUGAUAAGAUGGUUAAAAAGUACGAAGAAAAACUAAGGACUUCAAAAUUGAAUCUUCACGAGAACCUAAAUUCAUUUACGAAAGAGAACGGAAAGAAGAUUCAAGACUUAUUGACGACUAUAUUGAAGUAUGAGAAUCUUCUUGAAGAGAAAAAUUCAAAAAUACUACAGUUGUCUUCAUCAAAACCUAUUUCGAUACCUAUUUCCACACCAAGACCAAGCACCAGCAGUAACAAGCUGUCAAGAAAUGACUCGUAUGAUCAUAUAUUUAGUUCGUCCGCUUAUUCACCCUCACAACCACCACCGCAAUUACCUCAUCAUCAUAAUUCAGGCAAUGACGUUACCGCUGCACAACAUUCUACUCCUAUGGGACAAGUAUCAAGUAGCUAUUUCCCACCACAGCCUCUCCGCAACAAUUCUGCGCCUAUUACAAGUACUCCAGCUGCCUCACAACCCGCAAUUCCAAUUAUAAGAGGCCGAGGUGGUUAUCAAAAGAGGUCUAAGAAAUUAAUGUGA